UUGGAGAGGAGACAAAACUCCAUUUCUUUGAAUCUGAGGCGGGGAGAGGUGCAGGCGGAUCUUAACCCAGUGGCCGGGGCAAGAGGAGGCGGAGCCAACAAGAGCACGCUUCCGGCCGAGACGCCACGGGAAGGGAAGAAGCCCGGGACAGAACGGGUCUAUCCUAGUUCUGUUGUGACGCUCAGAACCAGGGGCGGAGUGUCUAGGUGGCGACAUUCCAGGCACGGAGGACUUAGGAGGAGGUGCGCUGUCGCCUGCGAAGACUGCAGUGAGUCCUCCGAACUGCUGGGCUCAGGGAGGGCAGAACGAGGAGUCGGUGCCAGAGACACCGGGAAACCGAAGAGUGCGCAGGCGGGACGCGGACCAUCUCGGAACUCGGCUUUACCAUACCCCGAGCACCGGAUGGAGCUGAUCCUGAGUACCAGCCCAGCAAAGCUGACUCUAGAUCCUGCAUGCCAGCCAGAGCUGACCCUGAGUUUCAACCAGACCAAGCUAACCCUGGAUCCUGCACACCAGCCAGAGCUGUUGCUGAGUCCCAGGCUAGCUGAGCUGACCCUGGAUUCUACAUGCCGCCCAGAGAUGAGCCUCAGAUCUGGCCCAGCUGAGCUUACCCUGGAGCCUGAACACAAGGCAGAGAAGACCCCUGCCCUCAACCCGGCUGAGUUGACCCUGGAGCCUGUGCACUGCCGACCCGAGCUGCUGAGUGCCUGUGCUGACCUCAUCAAUGACCAGUGGCCACGAAGUCGCGCCUCCCGCCUCCACUCCCUGGGCCAGUCCUCAGAUGCCUUCCCCCUCUGCCUGAUGCUGCUGAGCCCUCAUCCCACACCUGGAACCGCCCCUAUCGUGGUGGGCCAUGCCCGCUUAUCCCGGGUGCUGGACCAUCCCCACAGCCUCUUAGUGGAGACAGUGGUGGUAGCCCGUGCUCUGCGGGGCCGUGGCUUUGGUCGCCGCCUCAUGGAGGGCUUGGAGGUCUUUGCCCGAGCCCGGGGCUUCCGACGGCUGCACCUCACCACUCAUGACCAGCUAUACUUCUAUGCCCACCUGGGCUACCAACUGGGCGAGCCUGUGCAGGGUUUGGUCUUCGCCAGCCGUCGCCUGCCCACCACCCUCCUACGUGCCUUCUCUAAGACACCAUGCCCCCAGGCACCCGGCAAGGAGCCCAUCCUAGCUGCCCAAGCUGUCCCAAGGAGCUCCAAGGGACCCCCAUUGCCACCACCUCCUCCCCUACCCCAGUCAAUGACUACCUCACCCCCUCCGUCACCAGGGCCCCUUCCUCCAAGCCUGCUAGAGACUCAGUACCGAGAUCUGAAGGGGUGCCCUAUAUUCUGGAUGGAAAAAGACAUCUGAAGGCUAGGCACUGUCUUUCUGGAAUGCUGGGUUGUCCAGAUCAGUCCCAGCCUCAGCCCCACGGGCCAUACUUCAGCCCCCUGAGGACAACCUUAGCCUGUGUAUGUUUCCUGGGUACCAGUGGGCCAGGAGGUGGCUUCAGAGCUUCGGCUCAGAGCUGUCAGCGUGGCUGAAUAAAGGCUUCCGUUAGGUAUGGCUGUGACAGUUUAUUGGUUAACC